ACCGCCCCGGAAAAAGAGACUUCUUUUGGGAUAAUUCCAUACUUCUUCUCUCAUGGAUUCUUCUUCUCCUCCGACGACCCCUAGGGUUUCUCCGAUGGAGGACCCUCUCAUCGCCGAAGAUCCCUCCACCUGGGAAUGGGGCACUCUCUUCGAUUUCUCUGUCAACGAUGAUGACCCUCUCCUCUUCCCCUGGCCUGGUUCAUCCCAGGAUCAGCCCGUUGUUUCUCUUCCUCCGGUUUCGCCUCCUCCUGCUCCGGAGUCAUCUCCUGCGUCGCCGUCGGAUGGCUUGGGGCGGAUCAGGAAGAGGGAUCCGAGAUUAGUGUGUUCCAAUUUUCUUGCUGGGAGGGUGCCGUGCGCUUGCCCGGAGCUGGAUGCGCAGGAGAGGGAGGAGGAGGAGGUUGCGGAGGCGAUAGCUGGCGCGAGGAAGCGGGUGAGAAUGAGUGGGACGGCUGCUGUAGUGCGGUGCCAGGUGCCUGGAUGUGAGGUGGAUAUUAGAGAGUUGAAAGGGUAUCAUCGGAGACAUCGGGUUUGUCUCAAAUGUGCUAAUGCUCCAUCCGUGGUUCUUGACGGGGAGCACAAACGGUACUGCCAGCAGUGUGGCAAGUUUCAUAUAUUGCCAGAUUUUGAUGAGGGAAAACGGAGUUGUAGAAGGAAAUUAGAACGGCAUAAUAAAAGGCGUAGGAGAAGAUCUACUAACCCUAGUAGUAAUGUCGAGAAAGAAAAGGAAUUGCAAGGAGACCUCUUAGCAGAUGGCAAUUGUGAUGCACAAACGAAAGAGAUGAUGAAAGCCUCUGCUACUGGGACGCCAAUAAACAACAAAACAUUAGACAUAGAGACGAUUUUGGAGUCUGACGAUGGUGAUGGAUCUCCGUCUUCUCCAGUUCCUAGUUUUCAAAAUGUUCAGUGCAAUAGCACCAUGACUUUAACAGCAUCAGAUGAAACAAAUAAGGAGGAAAAAAUAGAUUAUUCAAAACCUGCUCUUUCCUCAACAUUUUCUAACAAAAGUGGCUAUUCAUCUGUGUGUCCAACAGGUCGCAUAUCAUUCAAGCUUUAUGAUUGGAAUCCUGCUGAAUUUCCUCGCCGGCUGCGCCACCAAAUUUUCCAGUGGUUGGCUAACAUGCCUGUUGAGUUGGAGGGUUAUAUACGCCCUGGAUGUACAAUUUUAACUGUCUUCCUUGCAAUGCCUCAAUUCAUGUGGGAGAUGUUGUCUCAAGAUGUGGCUUUCUAUGUGAGAGACAUGGUCAGUGCUCCUGAAAGUUUGUUUUGUGGAAGAGGCAACAUUCUUGUUCAUCUAAGUAACAAGAUUGUGCAAGUUAUGAGAGAUGGAUCAUCAUUGAUGAACAUUAAAAUGGAGGUCCAAGUUCCAAGACUACAUUAUGUUUAUCCCACUUACUUUGAAGCUGGGAAACCCAUGGAAUUUGUUGCUUGUGGUAGUAACCUUGACCGACCAAAAUUUCGGUUUCUUGUUUCUUUCGCGGGAAAAUAUUUAGUCUGCAAUUCUUGCUAUGCUAUAACUCAUGAAACGGGCAUGUUGAACAAAGAAAAUGCAAGGAACUCAACUGAGAUACCUGAUCAUGAGAUGCUCAGAAUUAGUAUUACUCAGACCGAAUCAGAAGUCUUCGGUCCUGCAUUUAUUGAGGUUGAGAACGAGUCUGGACUAUCCAACUUCAUCCCUGUUCUUUUUGGCAAUAAACGGGUAUGUUCUGAACUAGCAAGGAUACAGGAGGCAUUUGAUAAAACUUCCAGUGGAAGUGAGAAAGGGUGCCAUACCAUGAUUAAUACUGAAAAUCCUGAUUCAUGUGAGUCGUUAACCUCAAGACAAACUGCAAUGUCAGAUAUUCUUUUGGAUAUUGGAUGGUUGAUCAAGAAUCCAAGUGUGGAAGAAAGUGAAGUUGCUUUCAGUUCUAUAAAUAUUCAGAGAAUAACAUGCUUACUAGAAUUCCUAACAAGGAAUGAGUUUGUGAACAUCCUUGAAGAAAUUUUGCAGAACAUAGAUCAUAUUAUAGGCGAAAAAGGCUUUCAUGAAUCAGUUGAUAAAACUUCUGAUGCUGACUUUGAGCUAUUUAUGAAGCAAGUGAAUCAUGCAAGAGAUACUCUCUCUCAGAUAUUUGAACAUGGCCAUGGAUCAGUGGAUGUGAGAACCUUAAGUCAUGGUGUUCUUGUGCCUCGUAGUCCUAAGAGCAGAACCAUUCGUACAUUCCCAUCCACAGACAAACAGCAGGGAUCAAGGAACAAACAAUUUCCGGGUUCUAUUGAUGCCAUCAGUGAUAGUGAUGAAACAGUCCCACUGGUGCCAAAUCACAGCCAGCAUUGUUCCCCAAGUUCGGUUCUUGGAUGGCCUCGUGAAUCUUGGCGUGAUAUUAUUCCUAAAACAGUAAUGAGCUCACGGUUCACCGCAUUCAUCAUGGUUAGCGCCGUUAUGUGUUUUGCAGCAUGUAUUGCAGUGCUCCAUCCUCAAAAGGCUAAGGAAUUCACUGUUACUUUAAGGAGGUGUUUGUUUGGUAGCGAGAGAUGAUGGAAGCAUUGAAGAGAUAAGUAAUUACUUCUUCGUUUUCGUUUUUGGUUGUUCUUACCAAAAACAAUGCCGGAAGUAAAAUACUAAAAUGCUUGUUGUUUCACUCAGAUUUCUGGAUAAGCAUUUCUGUUUUCUGAGUGAGGAAUUGCAUUAUUUCUGUGUAUAUGCAUGUGUUGCCUUUCAGCUGUAGCAAAUUUUUUUUUAUUUUGUUGGUGUUGUAUCAUGUUCAAUUUGGGGUUGUAAUGCUGCAUGUGAUAAUUUUAGGUUAAGGGAAACAAAAAAGAUGAAGCAAUGUCUCAUCUUUCAUAGGUUCAUUAAAAUUUCUGACAGUCCGUGGAAGUUGGAUCUUUAUUCCUGCCAAUUAGCUGUGCAAAGUGAUGUAAAUCUUUGUGCCAUUGCUCUUCAUCUCAGUUGUAUUUCUAUGUUACAAUCCAAUAAAAAAAAAUUUAUUAAUAAAACUGUCUUUUCUUGUGGAUUA